GGAAUUGAGACCAGAUGAGUUCCGGGUCCAAACAUACGGAGGUGUGUUCUGGAGGUCUGUGGCAUUUUUACUUGGCAUUUGCAGCGAAUGAAACUAUUUGUGCUAUUUGGAGUUUAAUGAUGGCGGGCGAGUGUAAGGAGUACUUGUUUAAAGUUUUAGUCAUCGGGGAGAAUGGUGUCGGAAAGACCUGCAUAAUAAGACGGUAUGCUCACCAACUUUUUUCCGAGAACUACAGAGUGACCAUAGGAGUUGAUUUCUCGUUGAAAGUUAUCAACUGGGACAGCUCUACUUCGGUGCGACUACAACUGUGGGACAUUGCAGGUCAGGAGCGGUUUGGGAACAUGACCAGAGUGUACUACAAGGGGGCAGUGGGAGCAUUCGUCGUGUUUGACCUGACCAGAGCCUACACCUUCGAGGCGGUCACCAAGUGGAAAGAGGACCUGGACUGUAAGGUCAAGCUGCCUGAUGGUCGCCCCAUUCCAACCGUGCUGCUGGCCAACAAGUGCGACCAAAAGAACAAAUACACUGACUUCUUCUUGGACAACUUCUGCCAGGAGGCUGGGUUUCUGGGGUGGUUCAACACUUCAGCGAAGGAGAACAUCAACGUGGAGAAGGCAGGACAAUUCCUGGUGGAGCGCAUUCUGGAAAACACCAGAGAGCAGCCCUUUGAUGAGGGGAAAAACGACAGGGUAAAAUUGGACCAGGCUCCCAUGAUGGCUGAGAGCGGAGUGCAGUGCUGCUAGCGAUGGGAUUAGGGAUACGCAGGAAUUGGUGGCCCUGGGCUGCCAAGAUGUGGCCACACUGGACCCUGGAAGCCUUAUCCAUCAAAACCACCAAUGUUAGGAUUGCUAACGCCAAGCAAGGAUCACUCUGUACUGGUUACCACAACUAUAUGACAUUUCAGGUGUUGUAGUGUGCUCUCCAGUGCCUCAUAUACAUUCUGCAAGUAAGUCAACAAUACAAGAGAAAUCAUCUAAUCUCAUUUCCACCCGAAGCCAUAAAACAAGAUUUUCACCUCUUGCUUUACUAAUAUAUUUCUGGUUCUUACUUACAUCACUCUGGAGCACCUUGUGCCAAUUAUUGAUUUACUUGACUGAUCUCUUUAAGCUGUGAUAAUUGUCCCACUAUGUGAUUUACACCACUUAAAAAGAAACAGAUUUACCUCUUAUGUCAGCUAUUUAAAAAAGAUGUGUAAAUACCAAAAGAAUUUAGUAACAACAUUAGUGAAAGAUCCACAUUCCAUAUUUGUAAGAUAAGAGUGCCAAAUGUGUUACAAAUCCCAGAGAAGACAUUUCCAGAAUUAACAACCAGUAGUUGUUAAUUUCCUGUAAUAUUUAGACAUGUUUUAAGCCAUGGCCUCUGAAAGAACAGCUGGGUUAUCAAACAAAGCCACUACACAGAUGAUUUUGUAGUGGCAGUAUAUUUAAGGUUGUCUAGCUAGAGAACACACCAGGGUUAAAACCAUGUUGAACAGUAAGCUUUUCAUGUUAAGUUUGAGUCGAGAGUAAAUCUGAUUGCACAUGUAAAUUGACCCAUUCUUUCUGUAUGUGGUUGUGUGGCAGGAGUGAAUGGUCUAGGAGGAAAAACUGGUUGAAAUGAGUCCUCUUGCUGCCACCUCACCCAUGUGGCAGUGUUCCCCACUGUAGGCGCCAGAAGGGCUUUGUUUAGACAGUGUAGACGAUUAUUGCCUUUAAAAGACAAGCCUUUAACAGACGGAAAUAACAGGCUUACAUAAAUAAUUACAGUUCUUUCAGAACCCUUUUACAGUUUUCAGCAUGGUGCACACCAUCUCAGAAGAAGAAGAACACUUGAUUCUGAUUUGCUUAAGAACACAGAGGAAUUUGGUGGUUGCAAAAUGAAAAUUAUAAUGCUUUCGAUCAAUGGUGCAAUUUGUAAUAGGUACUUUUAUGUGAAUUUCUCUUUUAAUUGUAUUUUACAUUAAAUUGUAUUGUGUGUAUGCAUGUUUAAAUUCAGUAUUUUACCAAAAAACAGCUUAUACUAUGUAAUAUUGUACUGGUUCUCUACAGCUGAUGUGAUUGUAUUACUAUUUAAGUUGAUGGUGUCUAAUCUUACCUGAGAUGAAUAGUACUUCUACACCUGGUACUGUACUUCUAUACCUGAUUCUAAAACACCUUAUUCAAUUUAACAAUUGAAUAAGGUGGCUAAAGACACAGGCUGAAGACCCACUGCUUCAGAGUGCAGUUGGGUCCCCUCAUAUCUUCACCCCUAAAUCUACCUUUUGUACUUGUUCAGGUUAUGGUAGUUUUUAUAGUUUUAGGUUUUCCUUCCUAUGACAUGUUAUGGAUGUAAUUAGUAUGUAUUCAGGUGUUGUAUUUUGGUUCUUGCUUAGCAUAGUUCAUUUGCAAAAGUGCUUUAGUGAUGUUACAUAUGUACUUGCUGGUCAGGGAAUGGUGUUGGCCAGGUCUGGCACUAUGAUUCAUACAAAUCAGGGGAAUGCACUUUAUUGUACAUUGUAAGCCUCUCAAGAUAACCUUGGAACAAAGGCUAUGUGAGGUGUUCAUUUUGAUAAUAUUCCUUGCAUUACUAUGGCAACGCCUCUUGGAAAGCAUCACUGUUCUUGUUGGUUUAUCUGCUGGUUUUCUCAGUAUCACAGGUCAGGACACUGAAGCAUGUAAACAAAGUGGGGAUCAAGUUUCGAUGUGCUGCUGUUGAACUGGACUGUCCCCAUCUGACAGAAUCUAGUUCUGACAUAAUAGAACACCGUCCUCAGAAAUGUCUCUGUUAAUGAAAAAAUAAAAAAUCAAUAAUAAUAAUAAUAAUAAUAAUAAUAAUAAUAAUAAUAAUAAUACAUUGUAUUUUUAAAACAGCCCUAAUUGAAUUCCAUACUGUCACCAGCUCAUUACUCACUGCUUAAAAGCCAUACAGUUAUAUACCGCCGACAGCAUGGUUUGUUUGGAACAGUAGCACUGGUCUGGCUGCAAUUCAGCAAAAUAAUUUUGGUUCACAAGUUAAACUCCCUGCACUGAAGAUUUUAAUUCAUUUUAUUUUAAUCCAUGCCAUUAUUGCAACAUUUUGGAAAUAAUAUCAUUUGGCAGAAAAAAAUGGUAGAAAAAGCAUAUUUUUACUGCCCUUUAAUGUUUGAAAUUUUCUUUCUGAAUUCCACUCUAGCUCAAUCAUGAUGUCAGAGUACCUGUUUGGAUGUAAUACUGUGACUUAUAGGCUAAAUGUCAAUAAAAAUAUCUGGCCAGAAA